UUAGGCUAAGGUUUCAUUUUAGUUAAUACAAUAAUUGAUUAACUAUGUUAAUAGAUAAUGUAGGUACCUAUAUACAAGUAAAAAACGAUGUUAUAAAAGUGCACAUUGACUGCUCAUAUUGGUCGUGAUAUCACAUACCUACCUAAUUACGUAUCAGAAAUUGUACCUAUAUAUUUUUACAGAGAAUGGUUUAUGAGGUGUAUUUUACAGUUCGGUCAGCUUUUGUACUAAAACGUGAAACGAGAUGCACAAUUUGCAAUAAUGAAAUAAAAUAAAUUAAGUGUUGUAAUAUUUUAUUAUUUAUGUACAGUUAAUAAGUGUUCAUGAAGCUACAUAUAAUGUGCAUCAAGUGACACGGUGCUGUCGAAUAGACAAAAGACUGUCACGUGUGUGUGUGUGUUUUGCAAAAAUGAGUCUAAAUAAGAGAGCGUCGAAGUCGGAGUUCAAAGACGGCAAAGGCAUAAUCGAGAAGCCGUGUUACUUUUGCAAUGAAUUGUUCGAGCUGGGAAAACUUCAGCAACAUCUGAAAGAUUGCGGAAGUAUACUGGAGCAGUGUCCUUUACGAUGUGGAGCCUGGAUACAGAGGAAACACAGAGAGACUCACGUCAAGGAGUGUCCCAAGAAAGAAAGGAACUCGCAAACGUUUGAAAGGUCAUGGAGUCCGCAGCCGCCGAUUCACACGUGGGUUCCGAAGGCAGACGAGGGGAUAGCUCGUUUAGAGAAAGAGAUCGAUGCCAUCAAACUGGCACUAGCAGAGUUGGCCAGCCACAGAGACCUCCAAAGUACAGAGAUAGAGAAUGUGCGCUCCAAGUUGAUACUGAUUGAGGAGCGGACCGAGCACUUCAUCUCCACGCUGGUCGCGAUCAGGACCACCGUCGACGAUGAAGCGGAACGCACGACAGAUUUCACGGCGCAGUUCAAACAUGACUUGGCUAAUGUACAAUUGGCGUUACAGGAAAUGCAAAAUGAGCAGUUAAAUACAGCAAUGCGUUUAGAGAGUGCAACCAACCAAAUUGUACAUGAGCAGAAUGAGAGAGAACUGCUGGAGCAAGCGCUGACACAUCAUGACAAUAGGAUCAGGGCGGUCAAUAAACUUGAGGAUGUGAUAGAAUAUUUGAGACAGACAGUAGAAGAAGAACGGGAGAGGAAUACAGAAAGUCGUGCAGUUCUAGAAGCCGAGUUGAUAGAAGCACGCAGGUCGUCACAGCAGUUGGCACAUUUGUCGGCUCUCAGGGAACAGCUGCAAACUGCUUCAACGUCAGAUAGGCCGGCUAUCGAUCGACUAGCGAUAUUGGAGGUAGCAACAGCGGAUGCCCGCGCAGAGGCGGCCGAGCAUGCUGCCAAAAUGGACAUAGUGCUGAGGGACAUGCGGGCCCUCACCAAGUCGUACCACAAGUUGCGCAGCGAGCUCGCCGACUUCCAGACCAGGGUCAGCUUUGACAAAUACGAAACCAGCAGUGACAAUGGACAUUACAUAUGGCGGAUAGACAACUUCUUGGCAAGAAUGAAAGAUGCAAAGGAAAACAAUACCGUGCUGUCAAGUUCGCAUUUCCGCACAAGUAAAUUCGGAUACACUCUGAAGGCGGAGGUGCACCUGAACGGCAUAGGUCGGUGGAAGGGCCGCCACAUAACAUGCACGGUGCGUUUGAUGGCGGGCCCCUACGACCCGCUGCUCGAGUGGCCCUGCGAUAUAUCCGUCAACAUUGUACUGAAGGACCAGCCGGCUAAUCGCAAGCAGGCAAUGGAUAUAGUAAAAACUUUACAAGUGCGUCGGAGGUCGGCGGCGACCCGUCACGAUUAUGAUGACGAUGAAGAGGACUUGAGCAAGUCCACCGAGGGCCUGGACAAGACCGUGGUCCAGCUCAAACGGCAGUACAUAUUCUUUCCUCAUACCAGUCUCGACAAGUUGGAGUAUAUAAAAAAUGACGUCAUGUUUUUAGAGUUUAUUGUGAAUAAGUAAAAUUUUGAAGUUAAAACAACCAGAGGGAGACUUUGUACAAUAGUAGAUUGCUUGGUUACUUCUGUCCCAUUCGUGUUUAUACCGUGAAGCAGUUGUGUUUGCAUGGCUGUGCUUCGGUUUGAAGGAUGGGAUAUGGUGUGAAUUUACAAGGUACAGAGGAAUAACACCUGAGUCCUCAGGAAUGGUAACGCAUGGGGGUAUCAUGGGCGAAAAAGUAUACUCUGUUGUCCAUGGUACUGCUCAUGUCUAUAGCCGACGGUUACCACUUUCCAUCAGGUGGGCCGUCACCUUGUUUGCCACUCUAAGUUGUAUAAAAAAAAAAACAAUAUUUACUGUUAAUGGUCCAAUAUAAUAGAUUUAGAUCACAUGAUCAAAAAAUGUUACAAAGCGCCCCAAAAACGAUCAUUGGCACGUAUUUUUUUUUUAAAUUAACGAUUCUUAAUUUCCACGUCGCGAAAUGUAAUUUAAAAUUUAACGGGCCACACGACACGUGAUACCUUCAACGCGUGCUCAGUAGCGCUUCUUCUUAGGUACUUUAUGUGCGCUUAGGGCGUUGACCUUUCACAGCUGAUUCCGCGUAUCGCGGAAGGAAUUUAAUAAGUGUAUUACAUUCUUUAUAUUGUGACCAUAAUAUAAUAAAUUAUAUGAUUUUAUAUAAAAAAAAACAGGAAAAAAAUUGAAAUUUUCCGAAAAGAAUUUCCACUGAUUUUCGAUUCAGAAUAAUGGUUUGAAUUCACUAUUUCAGUUUCUUCCAACCUGUCCCUUACACCUUGUCUAUGGGUAAAAAUCCAAAAUUAAGAUAAAAAAUGUAUUCUUUAAAUGAUAAAGAAAAAUCUUUAUAAAUAUGUAACGACCACCGAAUUUCUAAUUUGCUAUUAGAUAUGUAGUGUUUGUAGAUAAUUUUGAUACAUUAUGGACAUUUUGUAAGAAAAUAUAUUUUGUAAUAUUUAAUUAUUGUGUAUUUAGGAAGUAAUAAAUGAACACAUAAAAAGAAAAAAAA